AUGGGCAAAAAUGUUCAGUGCGCCAGCAGAAAGACCAAGAAGAAGGAAUGGGGUGCCAAGAGAGCCCAGAGAGCAUCCUCCAAUGUCUUCUCCAUGUUCGAGCAGACACAGAUCCAGGAGUUCAAAGAGGCGUUCACACUUAUCGACCAGGACAGAGAUGGGUUCAUUGACAAAGAAGAUCUGAAGGAUACCUUUGCAUCUCUUGGUCAGUAUUUCAAUGAUACACUAAAUGGCCAAAAGUAUGUGGACACCCCUUCAAAACCCGGAUACUGUACUGAUAUUUGUCUGCAAACCUUUCAGGUUAAGCAGAUGUUCCAAUCGUCUACCUUCGACCCAGCAAGAAACCUGGACUACAAAUCCCUCUGUUACAUCAUCACCCACGGGGAGGGACAGGAGGAGUAAAGGAUCUGUCAGUGUCUAUGUUAGUGCUGUCAACAUCAGACAGGUGCUGAUGGUACUACUGGUUGUUCUGUGUUUGAAAUGUGAAUAACACGCUGCAUU